AUGGGGUUUCCAAUGAAUGAGGAAUAUUUGGAAGCUAAAACGAUUGACAACAACGACAAAUGUUCCAGAUUAUCAUCUGGGAAAGAGUUAGCGACAUUUGAUGCUAGUGAGAUUAACGUUCAAAGUCUUUGGAAUAGCAACGAAAUUCACGAUGAUGCACCAAUUUUGACCUGUGGAAGUGAUAAAGAUGUUCAAGAUUCUACAAGAAAAAAGAAAAUCUAA